AUGACGGUCUCGGCUGCAGUAGCAGCAGUCGAAGCAGCAGCAGUCGAACCCGCAGCAGUCGAAGUAGCGGCGGCGGAAGCCACAGUGGAAGCAAAGGGGGAUGAAUCGACUGCAGGCAGCAGGCGCAGUGCGAAGCUCGAUAAAGAUGAGCAACAGCAGCAGCAGCCACAACAGCUGGUGGACGACCCCAUAUCGGAUGCCGCGUUUUUCCCCUCUUUAGAGGAGCAGAACAGGCAGCUCAGCGAAGCCAAAGCUUCGCUGCAGCAUCAGCAAGAACGGCGGCGGCAACUGCAGCAGCAGCAGCAGCAGCAGGAAGCAGAAAACGAGUCACUGGAAACAGAAGCCACCGAUGAGGCGUGCUGCAGCUACUGCGGCGUUUCCGGAUGCGACAUUUUGUUGCGUUGCGCAUCAUGCGAUCGUUUCUUCUGCAAUUCGGUGUCUGGGGCACCUCGCCGCUCAGGGGUUGCGAGUCACAUUUUGCAUCACAUCAUCAAGAGCAAGCACCGAGAAGUGUGUGUUUGCUCGUCCGCAUCAGGCGACACGAAACUUGAGUGCUUCGUAUGCGGCGUGAAAAACGUUCUUCAGCUUGGCAUGGUUGUCUCCGAGGCCAGAGGCGUCGUCAUCAUUGUCUGCAGAGACAGGUGCUAUGCCAAGGGCGUGUUGGAGGACAAUGGAUGGGAUGCGUCUCAGUGGCAACCCCUCAUUGAUAAUAAGGCAUUCGCCUCCUGGCUUGUGAGACCACUGACGAAUGCUGAGAGGGCUGCGAUGCUGCCAGUGAGUCGCCUGGAGAUGGAGCAGUUGGAGGAGCGAUGGGCGCAAGACGGGAACGCCACUCUUGCCGACAUUCGUUCGGAAGGGAGCGAGCCCCUCGUCAAUUGUGAGCUGUUGUAUCCCGACGCCGUGAGUUAUCAGCGCGUCUUUGCGCCGCUAAUCGCUGCAGAAGCAGACAUCGAGAGGCGACGACGACAGGAGGAAGUAGCGGUCAGUUCGCCAUCCACUAUCUGUUGCAGCAUUUCACGCUUCCAGCGUUUGCUGGUAGAAAAUUCGCGCUCAGCAUGCGUGUUGCGUCGUUGUUUUCCUCUGGACAGGAGACUCUUAGCGCCCGAUUCGGACGUCUGGGGGAGUGCGGGGGUGGGGGAACUCAUCGUUGCUUCUACGCCUCUGUAUGCUUCCUUUUGCCGCAGGAGGCUGUCUCGGUGCACUGGGAGAAAGCACGAUUCGACAAAGUCAAGUGCUUCUUUGUCUUGGAGGACGACAGAUUUUCAGGGGAAAUAUCCGUGGGGGAGGAACUGGUCAUUUCGUGUAGGCUGCCACGCUCCUUGA